UAAAAGAAAGCCGAGGGGAAGCAGAGCCGCAAAACCCUAACAAACCUCGCGAUUGGGAAGCGAGAGCUGCAGGUGGAGAAGAAAGCAAAGGGGAAAGAUCGCGCCUUUCCUUCCCUGCGAACCCCCAAAACUCGCUGCUUCUUUCUCUUCCAAUGGCUACUAUUCCAGUUAAUCCUAAACCGUUCUUGAACAACUUGACUGGGAAGCCAGUUAUUGUGAAGCUUAAGUGGGGCAUGGAAUACAAAGGUUUUCUUGUUUCAGUGGAUUCCUACAUGAAUUUGCAGCUUGCCAACACAGAAGAAUACAUAGAAGGAAAAUUCACUGGAAGUCUGGGAGAGAUUCUGAUCAGAUGUAACAAUGUCCUGUAUCUUCGAGGUGUCCCAGAGGAUGAAGAUCUAGAAGAUGCAGAUCAGGACUAAAUGUGAUUCGGCUUCGAGUAUCAAACAUUUAGCUUCAUGCAAUCUGCGUUCCGAGUAAAGCUGGAUGUGAUUCAUCCAAGAAAAUCUUAAUCAUCAAAAACAAGAGCUGGAUUUCAUAUUGUAAUUAUGUGUCUUUCUGGAGAUGCAUUUAUAUGUCUGAAACUCCCGCGAAAUCAUCCAUGGCCUUGUAUCUGAAUUUGGCGGGACUACUUGAGUUUGACUUGGAUUCGGCUAGAGUUAAGCUUUCAAAUACGUUGGGCUUUCUGAUCA